AUGGAUAUCCCAGCGAACCUCUAUUUACUCCACCAAUACGUAGAUGACUUUGGACUAAAAGAUGACCGCAUUGACUAUGAAAUGAAGAACAAGUUCAUUUAUAUCUCCGGCUACGGCGAGAAAACAACCCACGAGAAGUUUAACUCCCUGCUUUUGGAUGGAGGCAAGUCGGAAGAUUCCAAAAGGCGGCUGAGACUAUUCCCAGGCCUUUGGGAAGAAGAAAAAGGGCAGACAUGUGACCAGCUGUUCGCAUGUGCUGUCUUCCAAGUCGUUGAAGGCUUCUGGAGAGUGUACGACAGACUAGAACCGGAAGGCAAGCUAAAUGAGAAGAAGAUCGAGGUUACUCUGCGAUCAUUCAUUACUGGGCAAGCGAACUGGAGCCAGGACGCAAUCAACCUCUACAAUCUCGGAAACGCCCAGGUCGUUUUUGAGAAUGGCUCUAUCGAGUCUUUCAAAGACGCCUCUCUGUCUAGUAACAAUUAG